UAGUACUCAUCUCAAACUUAACUGGAAGCAGUUAAGAGCAGCAGCAGCAGAUCUCUGCGCAGAUAGAACUGCUGUGGUGUUCAAAGUUUCUGCAGAUGUCAGAUUACCACCAAACUAGGUCAGACGCCUCCUGAAGUCGUCUUUCAUCACGGCAACACUCAGAUUCACACGUGAAGGAGAGCUGGCAGGAGUUCUGCUUCUGCUCUUCUGGCAAAAUGAGCCAAGAUGACCCUCCAUCACAGUCUCCUCCUCUGCUUCAUCACUCUUCUUUUUCCUGCUUUCAUAAAACAAACCGCUGUGCUUAUGAGUGUGAAGAUGCCAGGCAUCCUGACUGCAGAGCCGGGUUCACCCUUCCUCCAAGGCUCGGACCUGACGAUCUACUGUCACCUCCCUAACUGUCUCCCCGGUUCCAGGUUCAUCCUGGAAGUGAAAGAUGUGAAGGUGGAACUUGCCACAUACAAGUGCACCACAACAUUUCACCUGUCUAAGGUCACAACGCCAAAAACACUUGUGCUGUGCAAACUGAAGGAAGCUGAAGGAAGAUCUCGGCUGGUUGCAUAUCUAGAACUCGAGAGCGGUGUGCCACCAGAAGAACCCAAAAAUAUCUCAUGUGUAACCACAAGGGUGUCAGACUUCAUCGACUGUUCAUGGGACAGAGGACGCGAGACACACGUAGCCACGACCUACAACGUUUCACUGUUUCGCAGGGGGACCCUGCUGUAUCGUAAUAGGACGGAUAGUGCCACUCAUGUCAAGCUGCCACGGGCAAUACUAGCCAGCGAGACCCUCAACCAGCUACAGAUCAGCGCUUACAACCACUUUGGCAUGGCCCACUCGGAACUGUCCAACCUCUGUUUAAAUGCGGCAUGUCCAGUCCAUUUGGUGGUUGUUCCAGAGAGCCCCCAAAUUAAACUGGAGACGUUUGAGAACGAUACCUUGGCUGCCAUAAUAGAAUGGACGACACAUGAUGGUUCACAAAAUCUGUCCUUGGAGGUCAGCCUCAGCAGAGCUGGGGGAUUUUGGGAAGUGAAAGAGCACACCAGAGUCGGCGGGGACCUGAUAAGAGUGGACGGACUUGAGCCUUUAUCAGAGUACAAGUUUCAGAUGAGAAUAUGUGACUCAACGUCCAGAGAGAGGGCACUUCGUUGCAGCAAGUGGAGUGAUCCUGUUGUAGGGACAACACCUGGAAGAGGUCCAUCUAAAGCACUGCAGACGUGGAGGACUGUGGGAGAUCCAAUGAGAAAUGGGCUACGAAGAGUGACAGUUAUGUGGAAGGCGCUUCCUGCCGGAGAGUUCAGUGGAAGACUUGACAGGUACAAGAUUGACUUUAAAGAUGCACAGACACAGAAAGAGGAAAUGUGUCCAGCAGCUCUGAGCCAAUGUGAGGUCCUGGUACCACCACACGUUUCAGCCUUGGAUGUCAGUGCCGUCACCACCUACGGGACAUCGCCGCCUUCGCUUGUGCCGCUCGUACAGUCAUCUGUUCCUGGUCCAGUUAUCACAGAUCUGGCUCCUUCAGCUAAUGGCAGCUCGGUGCCCAUAUCCUGGUCUUAUCGGACAAAUCAUAGUGAUGACCUGAACUUCGUGAUGGAGUGGACAAGCGUUCCCUCCACAGGUGUCCAGUGGAAAACAGCAGCUGUGGACCAACACUCUAGCAUCAUCACAGGCCUGACUGCUGGCGUCAGAUUUAAUGUCUCCUUGUAUGUGGUGGCCAGGACGGUGGUCAGUGCUCCAUCAUCUCGUGUGUUCUACUCCAAAGAGCUCAAACCAGGACUGGGUCCCUCCCUGUCAGUUCUGCUUCACGAGAGAAGGCAGGUGGUGAUUCGGUGGGCUGAGCUUGCUGUGGAUCAACAGAGAGGAUUCCUGACACACUACACCAUCUAUGUUCAGACACUUCAUUCCCAGGACACUCAGCGAGCUGUAAGUGUAUCAGCUUCAGGCCCCAAACAAAAGGAACUGGAGUGUCCUGAAGGACCUGUGUCAAUUUGGAUGACGGCAUCCAACUCAGCAGGAGAGGGGCCACGAGGAGGACUGGUAACCUCUCACCCUAAGCCCCCUGCAGAUGGACCGAUGAUGGUGCUGGCCAUCAUCGUCGGUCUCUUCAUCGCCACCGUUGCUAACCUCCUGUGUUGGAGCUGCCUGAGAAAGAGGAUGAAAGAGAAGUGCAUGUCCUGGGAACUGAGAAACAGCAAAGCCAUCAGACUGCUGGAGCAGGACAAGGCGGACCCAUUAUUCCCACCCACCCACGAUGACCCUCCGCUGUCUCCCGUUACACCAGUCCAUGAAGGCAGUGAAACUUACCCCACGAUCCAGGUUGAUCAGAGUCGGAUCAAUUCCGAGGAGCAACCGCUGAACACGGCUGCCGCAGAGAAGACUGACGUAGACCAGCCGGAGCAUGUCGGCUACAAACCCCAGCACUCGACUUUAGCUAGGAGGGCAGACGGCGGUGAGACAGAAGCAGAUGUGAUGGCCAGUAUAGACGACGGUGGCCGUUCCAGAGGACUGGACUUUAACUUCCAAGGAUGCAUUGAUCCCAAUGCCUUCCAGGGAUUCACUACUGAAUUCCAAGGUGGCGUUUUGACUGGAGAAACAGGCUCAAGCUUCCUCCACUGUCCUUUGAGAAACAUAGAUGUGGAAUCUGUUAUUGUGGACUUACAACCAGAAGAGAAUGUUUUCCCUGUGAUUCACCUGCCUCAAGAUGCAGUUGAGAGGUUGCAGACGGUUGGUUACUUCCACCAAAUGCCAAUAGUCAACGUGAACGACAAUAGUGACACCAAAAAGUGACAAUGUACAUAAAGGUGUCCGAUGUAAAUGUGAAGAUCAGUGACGGCGCUCAUGCUCAGAAACCUGUGACCUUAGAUAUAAAGGCCUACACUGGGGUCUUGUAUAUCAGACCAGCAGCAUGAAACCCCCAUGUAUCACCAGAUGACUCGCAAGACAGCAGGCGUGCAGCUGUUCUUUCCAUCGGGGAAAUUUUUUAACACAUUGGAAGUUAUAAUUCAUGCCACAUUUCAUCACCCUUAAAUGCAGCUGCAACAGGAAGCCUCUUCAGAUCCUCCCCCAUCCACUGUUGUUCACUUGUUUAAAGUCAGCACCCAAAGUUAGGAGGACCACGCUUCCCAGUGGACGACAGAGAAUCGGCCUUUUUUCCAAUGUGCCCUCUCGACAUGGUGUAGGAAUCUACACCUUUAAUGUAUCUUCCGCGUGUUCGUUUACUCGUGAGAAUGACUACCAAAAGCCCACAACUUAAAAUCAAAAAGAAUUUAUUCCCUGACAAAGGAGUCUAAUUACCCUAACAGAGCUCUGGGUCCACAACUACGCCUGACUUAGCCUUAGCUCCAGUGGUGUAGAGUGACAAAGACUAUCUGGCCCUGACCCUUUUUAUAUGUUUUCAGUCUGCAGUCUUCAAUCUUGGGGUGCAGUCUCCACCGAUUGGUCCAGGUCUCCUUAUGGUCCAGGCCACUGGGGUCGCAUUCCAAAUCUUGUGUCGCCUCCACCACGUCUGGAAAUCCCUUUAGGAUGUUUAUACAUCUGUCCUUUAUUGGCGACAAUGGCGGAGCAGAUGACCCAAUACGUCCUUCUUUGGUAUCUUGCUUCUGUCAACUCAUCCGUUCUCCACCUGAUUAAUUGGUUUACGACGCCACAGAUGGUCUCCAAAAGGUUCCUCAUAUCAGAUGCCAUUCCCUUAUUCUCUGCAUCUGUUGAACUCAAUCCUUUUAUUAUUUAACAACCCAUUAUAAAUUCUAUUUAAUAAUAUAGCUUAAUUAAUAUAUUUAUUUUGUAAUUUAAUAUUAUUCCCAUAAUCCCCCUUUUGAUCUCUUCCUAAAGAGAUCAACAACACAUCAAACAUAAUUCACAAAACUCUCCCUGGUAUUAAAAUUAAAAUCAAUAUCAGGAUUGAAGUAAAUAAAGUAAGUAAGGAUUUCAAACAUUUCAUGCCAAGGAUACAAUAUUUUCUUCUUCCAGAUGUUUCCCAUCGUCUCCUGGAACACAUAGCAUCACAUAGACUCCUUUGCCAUCGUCCUCCUUAAAUGCCCUAUUAAUCAUUUUCGAAAACACAACUUACAUACAACAUCCACACCAUCACAAAGUAAAGUAGUUCACAUGUAUCAUCGUUGUUAUAAACAAUGUUAUUAUCAAUCCUUUUCAGUUGCCAAACCAGCCCGUCAGCAAAUUAUGUAGCAGGUCAUCCACAUUGAUCUUCGUUUGAUGGACAUGGCUUUCAAACCUCUCAUGGCUCUGCAGAUCUUUUGUUCCUAUUCAUUAUUAGGGUCUCAUUGCCAGAUCCUACCAGGUUGGGUUCCUUGUCCCCUAUUGUUAGCCUGCACAGCCAUGACAUUACUCCCAAGGAGAUCACCAGAUCCCCAAAAGUCACCAGCUGUCCUUCUUUGUCCAUCACCAUCAUCUUAUUGUCCCCCUUUUUAUAUUUUCCUGCAAAAUAUGAAAUGAGCAAAGAAAACAAAAACUAGUGACAAUACAUUUAGCUUGAACCAUGACUUCAAAAGAUCCAGUCCAAAGUAGUUCGGACCACUUUCUCUGCAACACAUGAAGAUAAAUGGAUGACGCUGGCGGGGGUCCGUCUGGUUCAGCUGCAAAAGUCGCAUCAUCCUGCGCACAAAAACAUGAAGAAAGUUGCUCCCAGUAGGGCUUAUAGCCGGCUGGUAGGUCCACUUCCGGCUGGAGCAACACCGAGGCUGGACCGAGCAUCAGACGACCAGUCAGGAGUUCAAAAAGUGUGAACCCUGUCCGGCGGUUAAUAGAUUGUCUGAUUGCCAAAAGAACUAUAGGCAGGGCUUACAGCCAAUUCAGCCCUGUUUGUGCACAUGUCUUGGCCAAAUGCUAUUUCGGCAUGCGAUUCCUUUAUUCAACGUGAUCUUGAGAUUAGGGAUGAUAUGCAGAACCAAAUUUAUAAAUCAAUCCCAGGAACUACACAACUUUUCCAUUAAUUUUGCUGUAAAAUGCAUGCGAUCUGUGAUGUGAUGUGAUGUGAUAUGAUAAUUCCUGAAAACCCAUGGGUAGAAAUAUAAUGGUUAACCAGCGCUUUGAUGACAGACAACAAAUCCUUCCUUGCACACAGAUACACCUCAGGCAGUCCUGAAAAAGUAUCCACCAUCACCAACAUAUACCUCUUUAUCUACACCGGUGUGAUCAUGUCUGUGUAGUCCAUGACCACCACUUCACCCGGAGUCCUCCCUGACUCCAUCGGAUGCAUCACCCUCUUCGUUGGACCAAUGCUGAAACUCUGACAAAUCAUCAGGAAGGACCACUCUUCUUGGUCCCUUCACUGGGCUGAACCACAGCCCCUGAUCAGCGUUCCAUCACGCCCCAGUGGCACUCCAGUCUUGCUUCUCACUGUCCAGCGCAUUCGCCUGUAGCUGCUGAAUAACUUGUAAAGUGAUUUCAGGUAACAAGUCCUCAACUUGCUUACCUCAUUGAGGAGAAACCUGACAGCCUGCAGCCUCCUUGCCGCUGCAUCUGCCGCCUGGUUACCCCUGGCAACCUACGUGUUCACCUUCAUGUGUCCUGGGCAUUCAACUACCACCACCGCUGCGCAGGGUUGACAGCCUUGUCCAACCUAUGAAUGAGAUCCCCAUAUGCAACUGGAUCCCCAGUCACUGUUACAAAACCGUGCGUCUCCAAAAUGCCAAAUCAACAACUCACAACAUACACAGAAUCCAAAUAUCCUCACCUUUCUUUUGGUUGAGUACACCGUUUACAACAUCAUCAGAUACUAACACAUCUGAGCAAAAUCAUCCUGGUAGCCUCCAAACAAAUACCAGAACGAUUCUGUCGCAAUGUACAGAUCGUCGAGAUACCAUACCAAGAAAACACCUGUAGGUAAUGAAACAGUGGAGAGCAUGUCACACAAAUAUUGGCUGAAAAUCCCACGGCUCAAUUUCCACCCUUGUGGGACUCAUGUGAUACAUGAACGCAAAGAACUUUCUACAUUCUGGAGCUAAUAAGAUACAGAAAAACGCAUUUGCCAAAUCGCUCACUCUAAACCACUGAAAUUUUGGACUUAACACAUUCCAACAUCUGUGCGAGUUAGACACUGGAACGCACAAUGUUAAUGUUACCUUAUUAAUUUCUCUGAGGUCAUGUGCCAUACGAUAAUUAACGCAGUCUGCUUUCUUUACCGGUAAAAUAAGUGUGUUGCACGCCGAUGAGAAAACCUCCAGCACUCCUGACUCCCAUCAUCCAUCCAGAGUGUUAGCAAUCCCCUCAGACGCCUCCUGUUUACGUGAAUAUUGUGGAACAUUAACAAACGCGCCAGGUGUGAUUUCAAACGUUACCGGUUCACAAUCGACACAGUGGCCCACGUCCGCCGGUCUUUAUGACCACAGCGAAUCAGGCAGGGUGUCCAGCAUCUCUGCUGAUAAUUCAUGAUCAGAGCGCUCUCGUCCGUGAAACCUAGUUAGUGUGGCCAGAACAUCUGAAUCUCCUGUUUUAUCCUGGAUACAAAAAGCGUUUAGCAAAGGUGAAAACGGCACGUUUGGUACUUGCCCACUCUGUCAGUCUUCCGCUGCCUCACACUGCUUCACCAUGGGUCCCAGCUCUCUGAGCACAUGCCCGUGAACUGGUUCAAGAAAGAUGUGUGGAUUAGAUGUUUCGGACAUCAUGAACCACUCACCUUGUGACAAUGUCAGUUUGGUAGCUACAGCUACUCCCUGUUUCCCUACAUAAAUGCAGGUACUUGAGAGUUGCCAUUCUUCCCCCUUUAACUGAUUCAAAUGCUUCUUGGUAGAUCAAAUCUUGAUUUUGGCCAUAAAACAGAGUGAGGUGGAGGGGGUCAAUCGGAGGUCUUAAUGAGGCCACUGGAUCGUUCCAGGGCUUCCACAGCAGGAAGGUCGAGUACACACCACCUUCCCCUUCUUGCUCUUGAGUCAUUGAGGCUGCAGUUCAUGUGAGUCCCAUCAGCAUCAUGUGAUUUCCAGAAUGUCUCUUUGGUGGGAUUCGAAGGCUUGAUGGUGGACAGUGUGGUUCCAGUGUCCAUUAACAUGUUGACAGUCUGUCCCUCCACUUUGACAGAGACUGGACUCUGCUGCUGCGGUAGAUAAGGUUGUUGAUUCCAGGGCGCUGGUCCUCGACCACCUCGACCUCUGGGGGCUCCCCCUCCCCUAGGUCCGGGUCUGGCGCCUCUCAUUGCCACUCCUCCAAAACUUUGUUGUAACACAGGAGGGUGUGGACAGUCUCUCACCCAGUGGGUUGGAUCUCCGCAGCGAUGACACACUUGAGGUUGUUGCUGGUAGGCGGGUUGAGUGAUGCUUCCCCUACCGCCUCCAGGGUCACCCCUCCCACGAUCCAUGGCUCUGCCUCUCGAUUGACCGGUUCCCUGAUCCAUCCACAUCUGUUUCUCCCCUUUAACUUUAUCCUUUCCCUCUUUGU